AUGGUCACGGUUUCCCUCCACAAAGUAUGCUAUGUCACCGAGACGGCUCAGUACACCCUCGUGCGCGACCACGUUACUCGGGCGUUGCCCUUUCGAUCAAAUGAAAGCCAAGUUUUGCGCAGUAUCGACCUGGUCAAGAUCAUCUAUGGGGUCGCCAACCACCAUGCGUUGAGUGCCACCUUUGGCGACUGGCACGUGGAUGUCACGGUGGAAGAGCUACAUAGCCGACGGUGCGUUCGGUGGAUGUCCCCUCACUCGGUCGUCCAAGGCGUGCUGCAUGGCCAGGUUCGUUUUGAGCCUGCGAUGUUGAAACCUGGCGAACCGUUGGCGUCUUGGUACGGACUGCGCUAUGGGGCUUUCUGGGUGGAGAAAUUGUAUAUCGAAAGCAGAAGCGUUCGAACGCACCACUUUGCUCUGAAGCUCACAACUCAGUAA